AGCUCGUACAGCAACGAGCUUCUCGAACGAGCGCGCACUGGCACCAAAAAACACACAAACAUACUCUCGGCAUCAUCCUUCCGGAGCGCUCUCGUUCACCGAAGUGCCGAAGCAGAGCGUGCAGAGCACGAGGCAAUCGCGCGCAGCCACGGCAGCACCGCAGCAAACGGCACGGCCAGCAGGACGCACAGGACACGGCCCGCAGAAAGCAGCCCGAUACGCUCCCACGGUUCGCAUCGUACGGUUCAGUACGGUACAGGCCGAAAGCGAACGAGGACGGUUUUGGACGUCGUGACCCCCGCCAAUCCCUUGUGGUACAACGCUGGUGAGGUGAAAGCUUGUGGUGUGCUACGCGUACAGUCAGUGCUGCUAAUACUGCCCCGGACUGUCUCGGUGGUGCGUAAGCGUUUUCCCCCUGUUCCCGGGGACGUGGGUGCGUACGCAAUGGCUGCAAAUCGUUGGUGCGUUGUGCGGUGUUUCUAUCGAUUGAUGUGCAUUUUUGAUUACAGUGUGAGUGAAAGCUGUGCGCUGUGGGUGUAAGACGCACGGUGCGUAGUGGACGGUGCAAAGAAGGGUGCCAAAGCAGAAGGAAGUGAAGCAGCGAAGAAGGAAAAAUACUUACACGAACGGGCUUGAAUUAUCUUAGUGCGACCACGUGGCUUCGCAUCAGUUCGUUGCCAUUACAAUUUCCGUUCGGCCGCUCGGUUGUGCCCGUACAUUGUUGCCGUCUGUGUGUACCACCACCACUGGGGGUGAUAUAGGCCCUGUUCCUCUCUGCCCGACGAUUGAGCUGGUUCGGGCUGGUUUGUGUCGGGGAAAGUGGAAAUGAUUGCACUGAUGGUGCCACUGAUGGCGCAGACGAUGGUACCGACGAGGCCGCUGCUGACGAUGCAGUUUUGUGCAUAAUUUAAGUGAGUCCUCCAGAAACCCCACCCGCCAUCCCCACUGGGUGUGUCGACGUCUGUGAGUGUGUUUGUCUCUGUGUGUGGCUGUGUACGUGUGUAAGGUGUACCGUGCCCUUGUACAGUGCUUACGGGCAAUCCUUGUGAUUGUUAACAUCGUUGCUUGCGUCUUCAAAUUACACUCUCGUCGAGUGCCGAGGUUUUGUGUGCCGAGGACCAGUAGUGGCAGCAUGGCGGACAGGGGCACGGCCACGCAAUCGUGAUCGGUCGGUGAGCAGCAGAAUUUACGGCCGAUUCGUGCCUCGGCUCGCUGCUGAUGGAUUAGCUUCAUUGUGUGAGUGUGUGUCGUCCCGGUCCCGGUUCGCAGUGUCGUCCUUUUUAUUCACUCUUUCUGCACGGACGCAGCACGAGUUUGUUGCGAAAGCUGGCUGCACCACGCAAACCCACCCGCCAUCCCGUCCCUGUCAACAGCGUGAGUGGGUGAUGAUGAGCUACUUUAAAGUGUGCUAAAGAUAAAAUUAAAGCAACAACAGCACCAGAGCAACAAUAAAACACAGAGGAGAAGGAGAAAAUAAAAACACAAGGGGCGUAGUUCGAGUGGGGUUUGACAGCACAUCCAGCGCAACAGCGGGUCAAGUGUUGGGUGUUGAGUUUCGAUACAUCAAACUUUCAAACCCAGUGCCAACGAUAGCGUCGCGCGUGUUUCCAUCACACACAACCACACUGUCCGUCCAGAUGUAAUUUCACACUCCUCGACCCACGAUCACUUGUUACCCUCCCCCCCCACCCUCGCCUGCCUGCCUUCUACACCGUUGAGUGUAAACGAGCUUCUUCAGAAAAAAACACAACAACAACAACUGCAGCAACAAACCAACACAAACACACCAAAGCACUCAUAAAGCAGUGGGAAACGAGCCAAAGGACUACUUAAUCACUCAACCGAAUCCGGCCUGAGCACGACAAAUUACAACCGGACAUGUUAAUUAACGCCAGCAAAUCGGCAGAAUCAAUUACACGCUGAGCUUGCGAGACCGUUCGUUGUACGGUGUAGAAAGUUGCUGCUGCACAAGCGAGGAACAAAAAGAAAGAGAGAAAACAACACACCAAAGACAUAAACUUUUUCUGGCGCAACGAGCCAGCAUCACCGGCACGAUGGUAUCGGCGACAUAUCAACACCUGACGCUGGCACUGCUGGUGCUGUGCAUCGUUACCAGCCCGAUCGAGAGCCGGUACCGGGAGAAGGAUGCCAAAAAGGGCAAAGCACAGCCCAUCCUACCGCAGAUGAUCGUACCGUCGCCGCUGAUGAAUCUCUGCUCGGGCGAUCGGGAGAUGAAGCUCGUCUGCCACUGCUCACCCGACGAUCCGCACGUGAAGGCGCAGAAGGCAAACUGUUGGAUCUUCAGCAAGGAUCUGCCCCGCAAGGACGCCAACUGGCUGGCCUUCCAGACGCAGUCGACGCUGGAGCAGCUCAAGAUCACGGUACAGAAGAUAGGCAACCUGGCGUACAUACCGUCGGACGUGCUGCACACGCUCAAGUACCUGAAGCAGCUCACAAUCGAGUACGGCGUGAUACCGGACCUGCUGAACUACGCGUUCGGCAAUCUGACCGAGCUGCGCAAUGUCACACUGCACAAGAACCAGAUCCGCAUCGUGCAUCCGUUCGCGUUCGCUAACCACCCGUUCCUGGAGGAGAUCAAUCUGGAGCGCAACGAGAUUCUCGAGCUGGACAAGGAGGCGCUCGUACAUCUGCCGGCGCUCCGCAAGCUCAACCUUGACUUUAACAACCUCUCGAUGCUGCACGACGACGUGUUCGCCUAUCUGACCAGCCUGGACGAGCUGAAGCUCGAAUCGAACCAGAUCUCGGUGCUGACGCGCGAAAUCUUCAAGGGUCUCGGCAACCUGCGACUGCUGAAGCUGACCGCCAACAGUCUAACCUUCAUCGGGGACACCAUCUUCGCGGAGCUGUGGAGCCUGCAGGAGCUGGAUCUGGAUCACAACCAGAUCGAGAAACUAUCCGCCCGUGCAUUCGACGGCUUGAACAAUCUGCGGAAGCUCAACCUGGAGAACAACCGGCUGAAGCGGCUCGAGCGUGGCAUCUUUACCGGCGUACCGGCCGUCCUUAAUCUCAACCUCAACGCCAAUCAGCUGGAAACGAUUACGUACAACAACUUCCUGCCACUAAUGGACAACCUAGUCAACAGUACGGCCAUUCUUCAUCUCAAAGAUAAUCGGCUCCUGUGCGACUGCCGGCUGCUGUGGCUGUUCGAUCUGCGCAACAACACCAAAAACGAGGACCUUCGGCAGGCGCUCCAGCAGGUGGAAUGUUUGUACGACAUCAAGGGCAUCUACGGCCCGCCGGCGCUGGCACACGGUCAGCCGAAAGAGUACGGCCGCAGCCAGCCGCACGAUACCGUCGUGUUCGACGAGGAGUACUACGACGACACCGGCCACCGAAAGCCGGGCGUAGUUCUGCAGCAGAAAAAGUACGGCCCGAGCCGUACCGGCCCGGACAGUGCCGGCCCGGACAAGGGCCAGCUGCAGCCCGUCACGCUGAUGAAGCUGCGGAAGGACACGAUUCUGCCCUGCCCGAAAGAGCUGGACGAACCGACGGAGCUGCCGCUGUCGCGUGAAUCCAUCGGACUGGACCUGGGCUGGCGUUCGUCGGUGACGGCCAUGAGCGAUAGUGCAACCUGCCUCCGGUCGAUGCGGCUGCUGCUCGGUAUGUGUUCCCUGCUCGCGCUCACCCGGCGAAGAUGUUAGUUUUUGGACGCUGCCGACACUUAUCACGAUUAACGGCGACAGGAUUACUUAUGGCGGCAGGUUUAGGAAAGGGGAGUAAGGAUGGGGAACCCGAUGUGUUUGUGUGUAUACCCUCUCGUAGCAUGUUUUGUUUUAUCUACCAGAAGAUCUCAACCUUCACUGCUCUCGCAUUGAUGCUGUACUGUUUCGUUUGUGAAAGGCAGAGGGGAGAAAGAAAGAAAAACAAAACAAAAGUGGGAAAUGCUAUUUGCCCCGCACAGUGUAAAUAAUGGCGUUAGAUCAGAGUGGCAAAUCGCUGAUUUGCCCGUAGCUAAAUAAUGGUAAUUUAGAUCGAAAACGAAUUUAUACGAAUGCCAACGAUGCUCUGCUGCUCGUACGGUGUCUCAUAGGACAGCCGAUAGAAAGGACAGUACAGGGAGCACACUCUAGAGCAUUGCAACUGUAACUCUUACAGCCAACUACUGCCCGUUGGCAUACGGCAGACGGAUAAAUGAAGUGCAUCACACCUAGGGCGGUGUGGUCCAUAGCGGCCUUGUACAUACAACCUUUUCCUUCUACCCCUUUUCAUCUGUUCAGACACUCUACCGUAACGUUUUUGGUACCUAAAUGUGUGUCUCUGGCCCUCGCCCAGGUACGCAGAGAUCGAUCACUUAGUAACAUACUGCACACACACACUUUAAAUUCCACGCAGGUAUCGGACUGGUUACGGAAUGUACGUGUACAUAGCAGCACUGAAAGAAUAAUAUUACGUCUUACAACGCGUUCCGAGCGACCAGCACAGCAGCUUUUUCCUUCCCGGCACAGCAUCGGUACAGCUUCGCUGAGUGUUUUUGCUCGAUUAAGUAGCUCUAGCUUUGGUUGUCGUUUUAUAUUACUUGCUAGGAGCUAGUUAUUUCAACAUUCUUUUCAUAAAAUAUCUUUAAGCCCCUGCAAAUGGUCGUAGAAGCUUCUGUCAAAACUGCGAUUAAAUGCCUUUUGCUUUAAGAAUUGCAUACUUUUAGGCGUUUUGAUUCAAACUGUACAGCCCGUUCACUGCUACAUUUGGUAUUAGCAGUUUAGCAGCAUUACAGCAAAGGCAUUAUUUAUUUUUCUCCAACAUUUUACCAUCAUUCGGGGUGUUUUUUUUACGGUACAAUUGUUGUUCAUUUUAAUUUAAAUUAAGUCAACAUUGGCACUAAAACUGGAAACUACCUACCCUACCUGUGCUUGUCAAAUGCACACCAUUAAUUACACGAUCCCCAAUAUUCAGCCCUAUUUUUGAGUGCUCUUUUGCAAAUGAGUUAAUAAAGCACCGUUUUUGUAAAGCUACUUCUGAACAACCCCGGAACAGCAAGUGGCAGAAGCCUGAUUGUGCGUUCCCUGAAACCCAUUCGAAGCUCACAAAAUGAGCCUGUUUGACACCUCAUCAGGCAACGGUCGUCAGUUUCACGAGCGCACGUUAACGAGCCCAUUACCCCAGUAAGUAACACCCCGCCGCCAGUUCCAAUCUGGCUGGCUGGCAGUGCCAUAAAUGGACGUUUGCACCGUGUGCAGUUAGCGCAACGGAAGACGGAGCUGAAUUUUUAAAGCAGCCUAAAACUCAUACCAUCAGCGUCAUAAUUUACAUACCCUGACGUCGCCGGAGGUUGAAACAUUAGACCAUUUGUUGCGAGUCCCGUCGCUCCAUGGCUGUCAAAAAACAGUACAGCCAAGAGUGAUGGUUCGCUUACACUUCCCAAAGUCAGAAAACCACCACGCGACACUUGCUGGAAGGUGUGCGAAAAUAGAUGCUUACUGCCUGCUGGUACGCAUCGCAUAAAAUGUGUCUGGAAAUGGAAAAAGCUUCAAAGGAAGCUAAAACCAGACUCACAUGAUGCAUCUAAACAGCCGCGCAAGACUAACAAACAAACCCGCCCAAUGCCAGAACUGAGCUGUCUGAGUGUAUGUAUGUAUUUGUGUUUGUUUGCAAACACAAGAGAAAACAAUUGAAAAACAACAACCACGAAAAACCGACUACAACGCACGCUCCCGCACGAAAAUGAACCGAAGGACGGAGGAUAAAAAAUGAAAUGUUAAUAAAAUAACGAAGUACGUAAGCAUACAUUUACUGCCACCGUAAAAAGUGUAAAACGGGCGUACAUAAACCAUGGCACCCCUGGAAGGGGUAUUUGCGAUGGACCGGGUGGUGGCCCCGGCUAUCGAUGCCCAGCGUACGCCGGCGAGGGACCGAAAAGGGCUGUCGAAAGUUUAUUUUUAUUUCGUUUAUUUUACAGUUUAUUUUUUCUUUAUUAUACUAGCCGAACAAGCAACCGAACACAUGCAACGCAUUCUGUCGCCACACACCCGGGUUCGCGCUACGGGCGUGCAAUGGGAUGUUUUUCCCCCGAACACGUCUCGAAAGUCUGCUUCGUGACGCCUUUAAGGGAGAGAAGAGCAAGACAGAGCAAGAAAAACAACUUUGGUACAAUUACGUUACUUCUAUGUCUUUUUUCCUUGUUUUUCUCGCCCAAGCUGCCCUUUCUUUAGGCGCACCGUGGCGCAAACUUCUCGCAAGUCUGGGGACGCAGACAGGCAGAAGGGUGUCACGGAGCAGCCAAAUUAAUAUUUAAUGUACGCGCAGCCGAUGCUCUACAUCCGCGGAAGGUGAAGCUGUGAAAAUAAAACCGAAACGAAGUUGCGGAAUGUUAAAAACCAACCAAAAUUGAACAAGCUCUUGGGGCGGCUAGAACGAUCCACCAGACACGCACACACACACACACACACACACACACACACACACACACACACACACACACACACACACACACACACACACACAAAUACACACACACGUACAGAUGGCCGAUCCAUCGGGUGGCGGCAGCAUAAACCCCGCGGGAAAUGGGAAGUUGAUUUUCUUUCGGCCCGGCUUCCUGGAGCGGAAUUGGCAGCGUAGCCACCAGGCCGGGAAAUGAGCACUAAAAACCCCGAAUUGAACAUCAUGUCUAAGGCGUUUCGGCGGUGGGGUCGCACAAAACGUUCGACACUUAGGGGUGGGUGGCUGCUCGUAGUGGGUGAUUGAGAUUCUCCUGCAGGCACGAAACAGCAGCAAAAAAAAACAGAACCCACGAUGCCAACAACAACGAUGCGACUAACACACUUUUCUUGUUGGGUGUGAAACCAUCUUCGAGAAGCGCACCGGAGAACAUCAUUGCAACAUAAAACUAGCGGUACUAGCGCACCCAAUUAGUAGUCGAAUGUAAUCUGCGUAAUUGAGUGUAAUCAUGUUACGAAGCUUGCAAUGGGGUAGCAAGCCGGAAGAGCUGAGGCAAAGUCGAUGCAAUCUACAGCUCGGGCAAACGCUUUUUUUUUUUGUUGCUUCCCCUUUAUGCUGUUCGUUUCCUAUGUUUAAUGCUUUCGGAUUUAGGGGAAAAGGUGUAAGAGAAAGAGAGGGGAUGGAGAGAGUAGGUUAGUGCAAAGUUUUCGUUCCCUAACCGACUUACCGAGUGCCAGGGGAGGGAUUAGAGCAGGAUACUUGGAAAGUUCCCGUAACGAAGAUUUACGAGCCGGGCCACUGCCGGGACAUGCGGGCGCACGGGUAAAAUUAUGCACCCAAAAGCCUACAAUAGCGCCAGUCUGAGGAAACGUACGGCCGUGUAGAUGAAUGUGGUUGUGCAGGGGCAUGGGACUACGCGAAGUAUGUGGUAGCACGCGGAUAACGUGAUUAGAAACGCCGCGUUGGUAGCUGUUACAAAAGGAGAAAGUCACGGAAAACUUACUGUACAACAGCAAGGAUGUAAACUUAAGAGAAAAACACAUACAACAUACUUUUUUUUUUUGGUACAAAAAAAAAUCAUUGCAGGAAGGGGGAAGCUGUCAAAACUUCUGCUACAGCAAGUCGUAUACAAACCAUUGAAGUACUUUACAUAGUUAAGAUGAACGAGACAAACGGUGACAUCAAUGAUUCGAAUAGUAAAUAGCAUAGUCAAUGCAAAAGAAACACACCUUACACAACUAAACACGUACAAGCCAGAUUUUUCAUCUGUAAAUACUGUAUAAAUGUGACUCUAGAUGUGCGACCCUAGCUACUCACUCACUACUCACUCCAGAGACACCCAGGCAGAAAGCAAAAACAGCCAAAACUGAGGGAAAUUUAAAGGCAAUAAGUCACAAAUGGAAACAGUAAAACAGCAGAGCAAGGUGACUCCAAGCGAAUGGGCCGCCACGUUCUAGCACACUGGAACAAUUUAUCUGCUCAGCAGGGGCAGAAUAACACGCGGAAAAUAAAACCAAAACAAACAGAGAGUAAUAUAUGAACACUAAUACAAACAGAAGCAAACCUAUGAAAAACGCCCCUCACACUCACCCAACAAAUCGUGAACGUAUUGUGUUUGUUGCGUAGCAAGGAUGAAGAAAUAGUUUGAUAGGCGUUUGUUUUUAUGUCACUUGUGUUUGCCUUAAACGUCCAUUUACGAAUCGAUUUUUAUUCUAAUCCGCAAAAUCAGCGCAAACGCACAUACUACGGUGCGUACACGAUGGCACCCGUGGUAGGCCAGGGCAGAUGUGAACAGGGUUCAACGUGACAGAGUUGAGCAAAGGAACGAUAAUGAAAUGAACCCAGCAGCAGCCAAGCAAAGCGGACAGGAUGAAGUGAAAAAUGCAUCCUUGUAACAUUUUUUAUGCUUCAGUGAUGUCCCUAACUCGACUAGGAUUAAUAAACGUAUGGAAAGUAAAAAUAAAGAAAAACAACAACAAAUCAUAAUUGAUCUUGAAAACAGUAA